AUGAAUGUUACAGUUACUGUUUAUGAUAAAAAUGUCAAGUACAGAUUAGAAGAGAAUAUCAAAAAUAACAAGGGUCCCAGCAACGAUGAUCAACCAGCAUACAAUAAUGAAUCAAAGAGCACGGACGGAAGUGAUUAUGCAAUGUUUCCCACUAACAUUAAGUACAUAUUUGAGGACAACAAUGAUGAACUAGUAGAUUCAAGUGAUGCUGCUUUGACAGCAGGAAUAGAUAAGGUCGGAGAUGAACUUGAAAAUGUCAUAAUUGUCCAAUUGGAUGAAUCGGGAUCUCUUGAGGAUAUCACACUAAUCAGCGACCAAUAUGAGCUUUUGUCACAUAGGACAAAUAGUCUCAGCUUGGAGGAAAACCAAAUGAGAACAUUAUCAUCACAUGGUGAUGAUAAAUCUAAUGAUGAAGAGGAAGAACUUAGCGUUGACAGUGAUAGAUUCAGAGUGGACUCGGACAUUGAGCUCGAUGUAAUUUCACAAUUUUGCGAUCUGUCUCCUUUUCUUCGCGAUUUGAGUUUGAAUGACUUAAUUAAACUCUACGUCACACAAAAUGAACAAUUACAAAUGCUCUCCAAUUCCGUAUGA